CUGAGGCGGGAGGGCGGCGGUGCAGCCGGCUGAGCGUGUGCCGGCUGGGAGACGAGUCGGAGGCUAUGUCUCCUCCGUAGGGCGCCGGGAGGAGGAGGCCGCGGCUCUUGAGGCGCCAAAGUGCGCAGAGGAGCUUCGGGCUGGGUUCCGAGGCUUCGGGUGCCCGCGCGGCCAUGGUGGCCAAGGGCGGCUGUUGGCGCGGUAGCGCCGCGGCCCGGGGCCAUGCGGGGCCGGGACUCUGGCGACUCUAACGCCCGCGGGGCCCAGCAGCAGCUAUGAAGCGGAGCAGAUGCCGCGACCGGCCACAGCCGCCGCCCGCCCGCCGGGAGGACGGGACUCCGCGGGCGGCGGAGCUGCCCCAGCCGCAGCCGCAGCCGCAGCCGCAGCCCCCGCGCCGGCAAGCGCCGCCCGGGAGGCAGCGAAUGGACGAGCGGGCUGGGCCCGCGGGGCCCGAGGUCAAGGAGCAGGAUGUCAUAACUGGACUUAGUCCCUUACUCUUCAGGAAGCUUAGUAAUCCUGACAUAUGUUCAUCUACUGGAAAAACUAAACUUCAACGCCAACUUAGUCAGGAUGACUGUAAAUUGCGGAGAGGAAGCUUGGCCAAUUCUAUGUCAGGUAAGCAGCUGCUCCCUUUGUCCAGCAGUGUACACAGCACUGUGGGACAGGUGACCUGGCAGUCUUCAGGAGAAGCGUCAAACUUGGUUCGGAUGCGAAACCAGUCCCUUGGACAAUCUGCACCUUCUCUUACUGCUGGCUUGAAGGAGUUGAGUCUUCCAAGAAGAGGCAGCUUUUGUCGGACAAAUAACCGUAAGAGUUUGAUUGUGACCUCUAAUACAUCACCAACACUACCACGGCCACACUCACCGCUCCAUGGCCACACAGGUAAUAGUCCUUUGGACAGCCCCCGAAAUUUCUCUCCAAAUGCACCUGCUCACUUUUCCUUUGUUCCUGCCCGUAGCCAUGGCCACAGAGCAGACAGGACUGAUGGACGACGCUGGUCUUUGGCCUCUUUGCCUUCUUCAGGCUAUGGAACCAAUACUCCUAGCUCUACUGUCUCAUCAUCAUGCUCCUCACAGGAAAAGCUGCACCAGUUGCCCUUCCAACCUACUGCAGAUGAGCUGCACUUUUUAACGAAGCAUUUCAGUACGGAGAGUGUACCAGAUGAGGAGGGUCGCCAGUCCCCAGUCAUGCGGCCUCGAUCUCGCAGCCUCAGUCCUGGACGGUCCCCAGUUUCUUUUGACAGUGAAAUAAUAAUGAUGAAUCAUGUUUAUAAAGAAAGAUUCCCCAAGGCUACUGCACAGAUGGAAGAGCGUCUUGCAGAGUUCAUUUCCUCCAACACUCCAGAUAGUGUGUUGCCCUUGGCAGAUGGAACCUUAAGCUUUAUCCAUCAUCAGGUGAUUGAAAUGGCCCGUGACUGCCUGGAUAAAUCUCGAAGUGGCCUCAUUACGUCACACUACUUCUAUGAACUUCAAGAAAAUCUAGAGAAACUAUUGCAAGAUGCUUAUGAGCGCUCAGAAAGCUCAGAAGUGGCUUUUGUGAUGCAAGUGGUAAAAAAACUGAUGAUUAUCAUUGCCCGCCCAGCUCGUCUCCUAGAGUGUCUGGAGUUUGACCCUGAAGAGUUCUACCACCUGCUAGAAGCAGCUGAGGGCCACGCCAAAGAAGGACAAGGAAUUAAAUGUGACAUUCCCCGCUACAUCGUUAGCCAACUGGGCCUCACACGGGAUCCCCUAGAGGAAAUGACCCAGCUGAGUAGCUAUGACAGUCCUGAUACUCCGGAGACAGAUGAUUCAGUUGAGGGCCGGGGGACAUCUCUGACAUCUAAAAAGGCACCAUCUGAAGAGGACUUUGAAACCAUUAAGCUCAUCAGCAAUGGCGCCUAUGGGGCUGUGUUCUUGGUGCGGCACAAGUCUACUCGACAGCGCUUUGCCAUGAAGAAGAUCAACAAGCAGAACCUGAUCCUAAGGAACCAGAUUCAGCAGGCCUUUGUGGAGCGUGACAUACUGACUUUUGCCGAGAAUCCCUUUGUGGUCAGCAUGUUCUGUUCUUUUGAGACCAAGCGCCACCUGUGCAUGGUGAUGGAAUAUGUUGAAGGAGGAGACUGUGCCACUCUGCUGAAGAACAUUGGGGCCCUACCAGUGGAUAUGGUGCGUCUGUACUUUGCAGAAACCAUGCUUGCCCUGGAGUAUUUACACAAUUAUGGCAUCGUGCACCGUGAUCUCAAGCCUGACAACCUCCUGAUUACAUCCAUGGGGCACAUCAAGCUCACUGACUUUGGUCUUUCUAAGAUUGGCCUCAUGAGUUUGACAACAAAUCUGUACGAAGGCCACAUCGAAAAGGAUGCCCGGGAGUUCCUGGAUAAACAGGUAUGCGGGACCCCAGAGUACAUUGCGCCUGAGGUGAUCCUGCGUCAGGGCUAUGGGAAGCCAGUGGACUGGUGGGCCAUGGGCAUAAUCCUGUAUGAGUUCCUGGUGGGUUGCGUACCUUUCUUUGGAGACACUCCGGAGGAGCUCUUUGGGCAAGUGAUCAGUGAUGAGAUUGUGUGGCCUGAAGGGGAUGAUGCACUUCCACCAGAUGCCCAGGACCUCACCUCUAAACUGCUCCACCAGAAUCCUCUGGAGAGACUGGGUACAGGUGGUGCCUAUGAAGUGAAGCAGCACCCCUUCUUUAUGGGUCUGGACUGGACAGGACUGCUUCGCCAGAAGGCUGAAUUUAUUCCUCAACUGGAGUCAGAGGAUGAUACCAGCUACUUUGACACCCGCUCAGAUCGAUACCACCACAUGGAUUCAGAAGAUGAGGAGGAAGUGAGUGAGGAUAACUGCCUUGAAAUCCGCCAGUUCUCUUCUUGCUCUCCAAGGUUCAGCAAGGUAUAUAGUAGCAUGGAGCGACUGUCACUACUCGAAGAUCGUCGAACACCACCUCCCACCAAACGCAGCCUGAGUGAGGAGAAAGAGGACCGCUCGGGUGGCCUGUCAGGGCUGAAGAGCCGAGACCGGAGCUGGGUGAUUGGCUCCCCUGAGAUAUUGCGGAAACGGCUGUCGGUAUCCGAGUCAUCCCACACAGAGAGUGACUCAAGUCCUCCACUGACUGUGCGACGUCGCUGCUCGGGCCUCCUGGAUGUACCUCGCUUCCCUGAGGGCUCUGAAGAGCCAAGCAGCAUCUCUAGGAGGCAACAUCAGGAGGGCACAGGGCUUCUGACACCCCCAUCUGGAGAAGGACUAUCCGGGUCUGUUCCUGAAAGGUUGGUGGAACGACGACUGAAGCUGGAUGAGGAGGCUGUCAGCCAGAGUGGUGGCUCUAGUCCAGCCAUAGAGACUCGAGGAGGCCAUAGGACUCCACAGCUAUCUGAAGGAGCCACAGCCAAGGCCAUCAGUGACCUUGCAGUGCGCAGAGCCCGUCACCGGCUGCUCUCUGGGGACUCUGUAGAGAAGCGCAGCACUCGCCCCAUCAACAAAGUGAUCAAGUCUGCUUCAGCCACAACCCUGUCCCUCCUCAUUCCUGCAGAACACCACAGCUGCUCUCCACUGGCCAGCCCUAUGUCCCCACAUUCCCAGUCAUCCAACCCAUCAUCCAGGGAUUCUUCUCCAAGCAGGGAUUUCUUGCCAACCCUCAGCAGCUUGAGGCCUCCCAUCAUCAUCCACCGUGCUGGCAAGAAGUAUGGCUUCACCCUGCGGGCCAUCCGUGUCUACAUGGGUGAUUCAGAUGUCUACACUGUGCACCACAUGGUGUGGCUCGUGGAAGAUGGAGGUCCAGCCAGUGAGGCGGGGCUUCGACAAGGUGACCUCAUCACUCAUGUCAAUGGUGAGCCUGUGCACGGACUGGUACACACAGAAGUGGUGGAGCUGAUCCUGAAGAGUGGAAACAAGGUGUCAAUUUCAACAACUCCCUUGGAGAAUACUUCCAUUAAAGUGGGGCCAGCUCGGAAGAGCAGCUUCAAGGCCAAGAUGGCCCGAAGGACCAAGCGAAGCCGGGGCAAGGAUGGUCAAGAAAGCAGAAAACGGAGCUCCUUAUUCCGGAAGAUCACCAAACAGGCAUCCUUGCUCCACACCAGCCGCAGCCUCUCCUCCCUUAACCGCUCCUUGUCAUCAGGGGAGAGUGGGCCAGGCUCUCCCACACACAGUCACAAUCUUUCCCCACGAUCUCCCACUCAGGGUUACCGGUUGACCCCUGAUACUGUGCAUUCAGUGGGAGGGAAUUCAUCACAGAGCAGCUCCCCCAGCUCCAGUGUGCCCAGUUCUCCAGCUGGUUCUGGGCACACACGGCCCAGCUCCCUGCAUGGUCUGGCACCCAAGCUCCAACGCCAGUACCGUUCUCCACGGCGCAAAUCGGCAGGCAGCAUCCCGUUGUCUCCUCUGGCCCACACUCCAUCUCCACCACCAGCAGCUUCACCCCAGCGCUCUCCAUCACCCCUGUCUGGCCACGGAGCCCAAACCUUCCCCACCAAGCUUCAUUUGUCGCCUCCUUUAGGCAGGCAACUCUCUCGGCCCAAGAGUGCAGAGCCACCCCGCUCACCACUGCUUAAGAGGGUGCAGUCAGCUGAGAAGCUGGCAGCUGCAUUUGCUGCUUCCGAGAGAAAGAUAGCCACUUCCCGAAAGCAUAGCCUUGACCUGCCCCACCCUGAGCUCAAGAAGGAACUGCCACCUAGGGAAGUCAGCCCUCUGGAGGUUGUUGGGACCAGGAGUUUGCUCUCUGGCAAGGGGGUGCUGCCAGGGAAAGGGGUGAUGCAGCCUGCACCCUCACGGGCUUUGGGUAACCUCCGACAAGACAGGGCAGAACGGCGAGAGUCACUGCAGAAGCAAGAAGCCAUCCGUGAGGUAGACUCCUCAGAAGAUGACAAUGAUGAUGGGCCUGAGAACAUCCAAGGUGUACAGGAGCCAAACUUAGUACCCAACCUGGAAGUAUGCCAGGACCUACCCCUCAGGGGAGCAGGAGAGGAAGAGGAUGCCUUCUUGUCCAGAAACACCAGAAGCCAGGGCCCAGUGGUCCCAGAUCUACUGACAGAGGUCACACCAGGGUCUCCCAGAGUGGAAUUCCCUGGUGUCCCCCCGAGGAGGUUUGGGAUCCUACAAGCCCUUGAGAGGGAGUCCAAGUCCUCAUCACCAGCCUGUAGCCUCAGCAGGGCUGGGCCCACAGAGCCCAUGUCCCCUGAGGGCUACUGGAGGGCCCAGCAUCUCCACGCCCAGGCACUAACAGCACUUUGUCCCAGCUCUUCGGGACUCAUCCCCACCACUUGCUCUGCUGCCUCCUCUAUCUCUGGGGAACCAGCCUCCUGGUCCUGGAAAUACCCUGAGAGCCCAGAUAAGGCUUCUCCAAGCAGAAAGGCAGCAGUAAAAAGUGAACUGCCUAGUCCUAAGGAUUUGGAAACUAUAGCUCCAUCCCAUCCUGAGAACUUGUCUUCCAGACAGGAGGGGAAGCCAUGGCCACUCGAUUUCCAUGGACUGGUCCAUGGACCUUGUGAGGUUCCUAGACAGGACUGGCUGUGGGAGCCUGAGUGCACACAGACAGAAAAAGAGAUGCCACCCCUGGGCAUCACCAAAGUGCCUGAUGCCUUGGGUUCCUGGAGGCAGGACAGUCCAUGCAGAAAUCGCCCCCUCACCCAGGAGCCUGGGCCCACCGUGCUCCAAAGGGACCAAGACACGGGGGAUCCUCAAAAGCAUCAGGAGUUGGUGUUGCCACCUGGUGACUAUUUAAAGCAAACAUAGCAGUUUGCCAUUUCUAGCAGUCAUCCCUGUGUAAUACAUGCUCUUGUAAACCUUG